GAGACCGGGAGGCUCUGGGAGGGACCAGGAGGCACUGGGAGCAGGACUGGGAGGGACUGGAAGGCACUGGGAGGCACUGGGACUGAGCCCGAGAGCGGAACCGGGACUGAAAUUGAGUCUGGGAUUGGGAAGCUCUGGAACCAGGACUGGGAGACACUGGGAUGCUCUGGAACCGGGAAGGAUAGAGACUGGGACCAGGAGCGGUACUGGGGGGCCCAUCCCUAACUGGGAAGGAGGGCACUCGAUACUGGGGGUCUUCCAACCCCUCGUAGAAGCCCCUCAGCAGCCCCCCCCGUGCCCAUCCGCGUCGCUCCCCAAACCGACUCGAGCUCUCACCUUGUGGUGUCACCUUCAGCCGCCAACGUGGGCGAUGGCGACGGCAGAACGGUCCCAACCGGGUGCUCUCCUCACCCCGGAGGUUUCAUCUCUUAUCUCUUUGCCAUCAGGAUAUCCUUUUUUUGAGUCAUUUCUGGUCUCCACAGCCCGGGAACGCCGGCACCAUGUCUUAGCAGCGCUGAGGUCGGUAGGACGGCCGACAAGCGGCGCCGCGGCCGCUGAGGAACCAUGGGGAGCAUCUACAAGGAAUACUUCAACACGGAGAAGAUCCGCGAGCACUACAACUACACCAAAGGAGGCUCAGAAGCAGCCCCGACCACCUCCCGUUGGGUGGUCUCUAUCCUCAUCGUCGUCUUGUGCUGCUUCAUCGUCUUGGAGAACCUCCUGGUCCUCAUCUCCGUUUGCCGCAACAAGAAAUUCCACUCGGCCAUGUACAUCUUCAUCGGGAAUUUGGCUUUCUCUGAUCUCUUGGCUGGGUUGGCCUUCAUGGCCAACAUCUUGCUCUCGGGAGCCACCACCUUCAACUUAACGCCAGUCCAAUGGUUCGUUCGGGAAGGUACGGCCUUCGCCACGUUGGCCGCUUCCGUUUUCAGCUUGUUGGCUAUCGCCAUUGAGCGCCACGUGGCCAUCACCAAGGUCAAGGUCUACAGCAGCGACAAGAACUGCCGGAUGGUGCUGCUCAUCGGAGCUUGUUGGGUCAUCGCCGCUGCCAUCGGGAGCCUCCCCAUCAUGGGAUGGAACUGCAUGAGCGACCUCAGGGAUUGCUCCACCGUCCUCCCCCUCUACUCCAAACGUUACAUCCUCUUCGUCAUCACCAUCUUCACCCUCAUCCUCCUCGCCAUCGUCGGCCUCUACAGCCGCAUCUACUGCAUCGUACGCUCCAGCCACGCCGAGAUCGCCACCGCCCAGACCUUGGCUUUACUUAAGACGGUCACCAUCGUCUUGGGAGCCUUCAUCGUCUGCUGGUUGCCGGCCUUCAUCAUCCUCCUCAUGGACGCUUCUUGCCCCGUCCGAGCGUGCCGGAUCCUUUAUAAGGCGAACUAUUUCUUUGCCUUUGCCACGCUCAACUCGGCCGCCAACCCCAUUAUCUACACUCUUCGGAGCAAAGACAUGCGCCGGGAAUUCCUCCGGGUGUUGUGCUGUUGCGGUGCCGGGCGCCGGGAUCAACCUUCCGCCCGUUGUGGUCUUCCGCUCCGUACUUCCAGUUCUUUGGACCGCUGUACCCCAAAAUAUGAGUUCCCCACCUCACCCAUCACCCGGGAAUGUACCACCUCCGUUUAGGAGGUCCUGGUUGCCCCCUCCCUGUGGUUGCCCAACGGUUGCCCCCGGGGCCGGGAUAAUGGUACAAAGGGAGUGGGAUGGGGAUGGGCAUCAUUCCAGGUACGGAUGGACCGCGCGCCUUCAUCCCAGAGCAUCGUCUUCCUCUGGGCAUCGCUUCCUGCAUCCCAUGGCUGCCGGUACAAUGGUGGUGAUGCUCCAGUUUGGAUUGGUGCUGCUCCAAUUCCAACUGGAAUUCCAACUGGGAAUACCGUAACCGGGACAGCAAGCUAAAGGGAAUGGGAUAGGAGUGGCCAUCAUUCCAGGUACGGAUGGACCACGCGCCUUCAUCCCAGAGCAUCGUCUUCCACUGAGCAUCGCUUCCCGCAUCCCGUGGCUGCCGGUACGAUGGUGGUGAUGCUCCAGUUUGGAUUGGUGCUGCUCCAGCUUGGGAAUACCAUUGGGAAUUCCAACUGGGAAUACCGUAAGCGGGACAGCAAGCUAAAGGGAAUGGGAUAGGAGUGGCCAUCAUUCCAGGUACGGAUGGACCGCGCGCCUUCAUCCCAGAGCAUCGCUCCCUACAUCCCACGGGUGACGGUGACGCUCCGGUUUGGAUUACCAAUGCUGCGCCUCGGGUUGGUGCAGCUUCAACGGGGAAAGCCGUAACCGGGAUAAUUCGGAGCAGGAUUGGGAUGGGCGUCAUUCCGGGUACGAAUGGCCCAGUCACCUUCAUCCCAGAGCAUCCUCUUCCUCUGAGCAUCGCUCCCUACAUCCCACGGGUGACGGUGACGCUCCGGUUUGGAUUACCAAUGCUCCGCCUCGGGUUGGUGCAGCUCCAAUUCGGAGCAGGAUAAUUCGGAGCAGGAUUGGGAUGGGCGUCAUUCCGGGUACGAAUGGACCAGUCACCUUCAUCCCAGAGCAUCGUUUUCCUCCUCCUCCUCCUCCGGGCAUCCUUUCCUGCAUCCCACGGUUGCCGGUAGCAAUGAUGGCGUUGCUCCGGUUUGGUUUGCCGCUGCUCCAGUUGGGAAUGCCAUAACCGGGAAUGCCAUAAGCGGGAAUGCCGUAACCGGAGCCGCACGCGUGUUGCUCUUCCCACGCCCUCUUGGAGCCCCGCGGCAUCCGUGGGACCAGUCGGACCAGUCUUGGGGCUCCUCCCUUGCGCCCAACUUCGCCGCGGGGCGACCGUGGCGCCAGUGGGCAAAUCCUUACCACCCCCCCCACCCCCCCCAAAAUCUGCUCCCCAACACCACGGGGGGGGGGGGGGGGGGGCUCUAUCCGCAGCUCCAACCUUGGAUUUGCCGGAAAAACUGGACUUGGGGAGGGAGAUGGGGCUGAGGAUCACCCCCAAAUCCUCA